GGCGGCUGGCGCUUCCAAGUCCCUCCCCUUCCCCCGGCAGCUCCUCGGGGCGCGGGGCGGGCGGAGCGCGCGGCGCCGGGGCUCGGGCGGAGGCGCUCGCACCAUGGCCCGGGGCCCGGCGCGCCUGCAGUUCCGCGUGCAGCUGCGCUUCGUGACCGAGGAGCAGCUCUUCGGGGCGGGGCCGCUGUCGCCCCCCAGCCCGAAGUGCCUGCGGCUGGACGUGCACCCGGCGGGGGAGGAGGCGGACGCGACGGUGACCGACGCUGAUGGCCUCUGCGUCUUUAAAUGCUUACUCAACAGAGACACUGAGUGUUGCCGUGUGGGGAGGGAAUCCGUCUUGAUCACUCUGGGAUACAACAGCGCUCUGCUGAAGUUCGAAUCCCACGCUGAUCUCAGCUCAUUUUCAAAUACCUUGAAGAGCUGCCGGAAUGAGAAAAAGGAGUGCUCGGUGUUCAGCCAGCGGACGGAAGAGGCAUCUGCCGUGCAGUACUUCGAGUUUUACGGCUGCAUUUCCCAGCAGCAGAACAUGAUGCAAGAUUUUGUGAGGACAGCCACUUACCACAGAGCCAUCCUCCAGAACCACAUUGACUUCAGAGACAAGGUUGUUCUAGACGUUGGUUGUGGAUCAGGAAUACUGUCCUUUUUUGCCGUGCAGGCUGGCGCUAGGAGAGUGUACGCCGUCGAAGCCAGUUCAGUUGCACAAUAUGCUGAGAUGCUGGUGAAAAAUAACCACCUUUCAGACAAGAUCAUUGUUUUGCCAGGGAAAAUUGAAGACAUCUCUCUUCCUGAAGCCAUCGAUGUGAUCGUGUCCGAACCGAUGGGGUACAUGCUGUUUAAUGAAAGGAUGUUGGAGAGUUACCUUCAUUCCAAAAAGUGGCUGAAAGCAAAUGGAAUGAUGUUUCCGACAUUCAGCGACAUCCACUUGGCCCCCUUUUCUGACGAACAGCUCUACAUGGAACACUACUCCAGAGCCAACUUUUGGCACCAGCAGUGUUUCUAUGGGGUCAACCUGUCCAGUCUCCGGGGGGCUGCCUUGGACGAAUAUUUCAGACAGCCGAUAGUAGACACAUUUGACGUUAGGAUUUUGAUGGCUCGGACAGUCAAAUACACAGUUAACUUUAUGGAUGCGGAAGAAGCGGAUCUGCACAGAGUAGAAAUCCCCUUUGUGUUUCACAUGACGCAGUCCGGCCUCAUCCACGGCCUGGCGUUCUGGUUUGACGUGGCCUUUGUUGGAUCCGUGGUGACUGUGUGGCUGUCCACAGCCCCAACCGAGCCUCUGACCCACUGGUAUCAGGUGCGGUGCCUUCUUCACACUCCCCUCUUUGCCAAAGAAGGAGAGACCCUCUCAGGGAAAGUGCUGUUUGUAGCCAACAGACGACAGAGCUACGACAUUCAGAUCGUGGCGCUGGUAAACCAGACAGGCUUCAGAUCUGGGAACAUCCUCGAUCUAAAGAAUCCUUUCUUUAGGUUUGCUUAGAAGAUAGUCACAGCCAAUCAAUCAAUAAGUAAAAGGAAGACCCGAGAAGCCCCUCAACGUCCAGGCUCAUAUUUCAUGUUCCAAACAUGUACUCCGCAUUUUACAAGGAUGAUUAGGUUUCUUUAAAUUCAUCCCCUCCCCCCCCCCCCCCCCCCCCCCCCCCCCCCCCCCCCCGCUAACUCUAAAAUGUGCCUCCUAGUUUCGUUGGCAAAUCUGUAUCUUGCUACUUCUGAGACUGGCUCCCUACAGCUUCCUGCAUGUCGCUGAACCUUUUUUCUUUUUCAGUGUGUGGUUUCUCUUUAUUAUUAUUUCAGGAAAGCCAACAGCAUUGCUUUCGUUUUUAAAGUAUUUAAAAACAGGAAUGUAACCAAACCCUACCUCAUGUUUAUAUGUAUGACGUAACAGGAAAGCAUGUGAGGAGUGAUCUUCAAUUGACAAUUUUAAGCUGUUCUCACAAAUACGUUCAGCACAUCAGCAGCUCAUUUCUAGCUCAGCCAUGUGUGAAAGGAUUUCUGCCUUCUUCACGUAAUGGAAUGAUACGAUGUCAGGAACGUUCUUCAUCGGCGAUAUCUGAUGACUGUGUGUUUGUAAGAAAAUAAAGACGGAAACGUUGUCAGUUCUCCUAGGUUUACAAUAAAAAUGCACAGUGCGAGAUACCAA